AUGGUCAACACAGAUUUUGAGAAGAUCUACUUGAACCAAUCGAGAAACAAUGGACGUAUGCGUAUAGCAGACUCCGGGCUUGGCUGGAAGGCUAGUUCUGCGGGCUCCAACGGUAAUGCUGAUCCAUUCUUAUUGCCCUCUGAAGAGAUCUUGACAGCUCAAUGGUCCCGAAGUUCGCGAGGCUACGAAUUGCGUGUCCAGACUAAGAACAAAGGUGUUGUGAUGUUGGAUGGAUUCGACGUAGAAGACUUUACAAAGUUAAAACAGGAAUUGCAGAGAAACUUUCUGUUGAACUUGGAACAUAAGGAGCAUUCGUUAAGAGGCUGGAACUGGGGGAAAAAUGAUUUUGCCCGUAACGAGUUGGUUUUCCAAGUCAACAACAAGCCGGCAUUCGAAAUCCCAUAUGAUGUUAUCAGUAACUCCAACUUAACAGGGAAAAACGAGGUAGCAAUCGAGUUCAACUUGGACACAGCACCUUCUAGAGCUGGUGAUGAGAUGGUUGAAAUGCGAUUCUACGUUCCAGGAGUUGUAGAAAACGAAUCGAAUAAGCUUGAAGUUAAAGAUGAGGGCGAAAAUAGUGAAAAUGGAGAAAAGCCUCUGACUUCUUCUGAUUCAGCCCAAGAGACAAGCGCUGCUCAGGCUUUCUAUGAACAAGUUAAAGACAGAGCUUCUAUUGGGCAAGUUGCUGGAGAAGCCAUUGUUUCGUUCAGUGAUGUUCUUUUCUUGACUCCAAGAGGACGUUACGAUAUCGACAUGUAUGCAUCGUCGUUGAGAUUGCGUGGUAAGACUUACGACUACAAGAUCCAAUACAAGCAGAUUGAAAGGAUCUUCUCAUUGCCCAAACCAGAUGAUGCUCACCACUUGAUCAUAUUGCAAAUUGAUCCACCAUUGAGACAGGGACAAACUAGAUAUCCAUUCUUGGUGUUACAGUUUGCCAGAGAAGAAGAAACCGAAGUCGAGUUGAAUUUAUCAGAACAGGAAUACGAAACCAAGUACAAGGACCGUUUGAAAAAGAGCUAUGAUGCUCCUACCCAAUUGGUUAUGUCCCAUUGUUUCAAGGGUUUAACCGAAAGAAGGUUGAUUGUUCCAGGGUCCUUCCAAUCUAGGUUCUUACAACCCGGCAUUUCGUGCUCUUUGAAGGCAUCUGAAGGGUACUUGUAUCCAUUAGACAGAUGUUUCCUUUUUGUGACCAAGCCUACGAUAUAUAUCCCUUUUUCGGAAAUUAGUAACAUCACCAUGUCUAGAACUGGAGGGGGUGUUUCUGCUUCGAGAACGUUUGAUCUUGAGAUCAAUGUUCGUGGCUCCAACCAGUCGCACAUUUUCGGUAGUAUUGAUAGAGAAGAGCAGGAAACUAUCGAAAACUACUGUGCCGAAAAGGGUAUCAGAGUUAAGAACGAGGAAAAAUUGGCUAAGGCAAGAUUGGCCAAGGCGAUUAAUGAGGCAGAUGACGACGACGACGAUGAUGUAGACAUGGGAAGUGCCGGCGAUGACGACUCCGAAAGCGCUGACGACGACUUCCAGUCCGGCUCAGACUCGGAUGUAGCCGAAGAGUUCGACUCUGAAGCUUCCUUAUCUGGUUCUGAAGGAGAAGCGCAGGGAGAAGCCGAUGACAGACCCCCAAAGAAAAAGGUGAAGAACUGAUCAUCUUCGGAGCCUUGGAGUUCUAAACUAUGUACGGUAAUAGUAGCAGUUUGUAUUAUAGCAUUUUUACUGGAUU